UGCGCACGCGUUUCUUAAAUUUGACAACUGUCAUUUCGAAAUUAGUUCUAAAAUCUUCUAAAAAAAAGACUACAUUUGAGUAGAAACUGUCUUAAGUAACUUAAAGCUGCAACGUGGUGCACGUAAAUAUUGUGUUUUUGCAAACCGAGCUGGUGUUUCUUUGUAAAGUGUUGGUAGUUCGUUGGUACCUAUUUUUGUGACCUGCACCCCCCCAUUUCGAGAAGAAUUUUCUAACCGCACAUUCGGACUUAAAAGGGACCGUUUCAGAAAUUCUUUAAAAAUCAAUAACUGGUGGCAAUAUGAUAACGAAGUCCAUCUUAUAACACUGAGGCCCGCAUCUUAUAACAACAUCCAGUCUGCCGAAAAAAUUCUCUCAUGCUCCAACAAUGCAAUAAAACCAAAACACGUCUUACACUAUUUUGUCAAUUUUGAAAAUUAAUCUUAAUUGUCUUGAAAAUCGGGGUCCUAGGUCAAUGCCAAUAACUUGAAAAAAACACAAUUACGUGGCUAAUCCGAGCAAUUAUAGUACAAAUCUAGCAAAAGGCCCCAGGAGGCCUACAAGCAACAGGUUCUUUUGUUGUGUUCACGUGAUCGGAGGUACCCGGAGUUGUAGCGUGUCCUCCGAAGUGAAGUGAAUUAGUAGCUGUUGAGCAGUGGGUGAUGCAAGUUGUGUUGGUGCUGUGCUCGGAAUGGUUCCGUGGUAGUGCGAGAGUGACUUAGAAUGGUACUGCUAAAACAUGUUUGUUGUGCUUUUGAUUUUUGUGCUUUUUCAACUGGUGGAAUCUUCAGGGAUUAGCAACGAAACAGGAUGUUUCUCUGAACCUCAAUGCCUGAAAUGUGGCCCCAAAGGAUGUAUCAAAUGUCCCAAUUUGAUCGUGCAUCCGUCCCGUCGGUGUGUUACCACGUGUCCGUACGGCCACCAGCCCAGAUGGAGCACCCGUCUCGAUUAUAUGGGUCGCAUAUGCGUCCAUAACGGCAACUUCCUGGGUCUCCCAUCGGAAACCGCAACCGUCCUCACCGGAGUCAUUGCCGGAACAGUAUUAUGCGCCAUUCUGAUUGGCUCAGCUGUGAUCUAUCUUAGAAUUAGACGAAAACACCUGCCGCAAAAUAUUGACGCCGGCUCGGAUUUGGACGAUUCGCCCGAAAGACGAGACUUCCUCAAACAGCUGGAAACGUUGAAGCCCUACGCGCAAACUUACCUCGAUAUGUUGAAUGAUACGAGGCGACAGGUGCGGGAGCUGCACAGGACGGGAGAUACACACGCUCUCGCCGCCUACAAGCCCGUCCUCCGCGACUUGGCAAAAAUCCUUCUCCUCCUCAACCGCAAAUCGGACCGUGUGGCAGUCCCUGACGACUGGGAGCACCUCUUCAACUGGGCCGAAAAGGCCCUCAAACGCUACAAGCGAAUGAGCGACGUCUCGCAGCCCCAAGUCGCCCAACUAAUCAACUUCCUGCAGGGCCCUGUAUUACCAACGCAGGACACCGACAGCAGGAACAGCACCACAAUGUCCACCUUCAAACCCGACCAAGUGUUUGGGUCUUCUCUAAGUCUGCAAAGUGCGGCAAUAAAGAAUUUUAAUAGUAAUUAUGAUUCUGCACUUCAUGCCACUCUGAAUCCGCAGUGGAAGUUCGAGUAUUCGCUCGUUAAUUCGCCCACGUCGGAGUUCAAUCCGGCGGUUUGGAAGAACAGUAAAGAGUACCUUAACAGUUCGUUGUUCUUGGACGAUGAUUUCUGCCAAUUGGGUUUCAGGCCUCAGGAUGAGAUUACAACUGAAUUGUGACGACAAUUUCGAUUUUUGGCGUCACUGUUAAACCAAAUUCUAUUACUAGUCAUGUAUUUUUUACCUUGUAUGUUAAGUGGAAUUUAUAGUUUUAAGUGAACCCAGUGUACAUUUUUUAAUGUAAAUUGAUUAACUUUGAUUUGAUCGCAAUUUUUGGGAUUGUGUUUUAAGAUAUGCAAAGGUUAAAUGAAUGUAGCGCGUGUCGCAAAUAUUGGUACAAUUUGCAUAUCUUUUAAUCUAUCUCCGAGUUGUUAGGAGUAAAAUAAUUGAUUAUUUAAAUAAAAUUAUUUAUGUAGGAAAA